GAGUAUGUUUGGUCCGUCGAUGCACAUGGAAGCAGCAGAGAUAGUCCAUUCGGCGGCGCGUUUUGAAGCUGAGAAAAUGGGCAAGGAGGAUGAGGCGGUGGAGGAGAUACGACGUAUGAGUGGUUACGGCGGAGAUGUGAUAGUAGUAGGUGGGUUUCCGGCGUCGGAGUCGGAAUCUGAAUCUGAAUCCGAUUUGGCGGCGGCGGAGAUUAUGGUUAUAUGGGCUAUUCAAGGGCCAACUUCUUUUGCUCCAAACACACUCGUUGCUCAAUCUUCUCUUGAGCUGCGUCUCGACGCUUGUGGCCACUCACUCUCUAUUCUCCAGUCGCCAUGUUCAUUGAACACGCCUGGAGUAACCGGGUCAGUGAUGUGGGACAGUGGAGUGGUGCUAGGGAAGUUCUUAGAACAUUCUGUUGACUCUAAGGUUCUUUCUCUUGAAGGCAAGAAAAUCGUCGAGUUGGGUUCUGGCUGUGGCUUAGUUGGUUGUAUAGCAGCACUUUUGGGAGGCAAUGCUGUCCUCACUGAUCUUCCAGAUAGACUGAGGCUACUCAAAAAGAACAUCCAAACCAAUUUGCACCGUGGGAACACGCGUGGAUCUGCUAUUGUGCAGGAACUUGUUUGGGGAGAUGACCCUGAUCCAGAUUUGAUCGAACCAUUCCCUGAUUACGGUAAUCAUCUCGGUUUCAUUUUUUCUCCUUUUGCCUUGUACAUACCAUUCUCACACCUUUUAUUUGCUAUGUACUUGUAGUAUUAGGCUCAGAUGUUAUAUACAGCGAAGAAGCUGUUCACCAUUUGGUAAAAACGCUUUUGCAACUUUGCAGCGAUCAAACUACAAUCUUCCUAUCAGGAGAACUACGAAAUGAUGCUGUUCUUGAGUACUUCUUAGAAACCGCACUGAAAGAUUUUGCGAUCGGGCGUGUGGAACAAACACAAUGGCAUCCAGAUUAUCGCAGCCAUCGAGUAGUGCUUUACGUUCUUGAAAAGAAGUCGAAGAGAUGCCUCGCUGAUGAAUCUUCGCUUAAUCAAUCUUGUUAGCCAUUGAGGUAUUGUUUGUUUACACUUGACAACUGAAGUAGAUGGCCCUAAGCGGGAAGUAUAGUUCUGGCCUGAUCCUUCCUUGCAUAUUUGCAUACAUCUAGCUUAUAGAGUGUUACAGAUAUACUAAUUUUUAUUUUAACCUUGUUUUAAAGUGAUCUUGAAGAAUAUCUAAGAAACAAAUGUACUCUUCUUCUUUACGUUUAACUUUUUUUUGCUGUUGUAAAAAAUGGAUUCAGAUCAUUGAAGAUAUCUGGUCUGCGUUUUAAGUCAGACACAAUUAUAGAGCAAAAUUAAAAUUUUAUGUAUUGUUUCUCACUAAAAUGUUUAAAUU